GGAUUAAAUAGCUUGUGAGUGAGUCGGUGAGCCUUGAGCGCAGGAGGGAGGGGAGCUAAGGGCUGAUUUUUAUCUUUUACCGGAUCGAGAAGGGGAGGAGGCACGGAGAAUGAGUUAUUCUUGUAGCAGCACAGAGCCUGUUUGCUGCACGGUGUAUUAGCCAGCGCGCAACUAAAAGGCUCCGACGCACGUAAAUCGGCUCCUGCGGCGACGACGCCGAGAGCAUCAGAAAGCCUCAGUCCCUGGCAGGUCGAGCAGCCAACAAACCCUCUUCUUGUUGGACAUGAAAGUGCAGCAGGGCUGCAACUCAGCAGACAUGGGGAUCCCGGUUACAACCGAAGAAGAAUUGCGCAGAAACACCGUAAUUACGCCCGAGGAUGUGCUCGGGCUACAGAAGAUCACCAAGAAUUACCUCUGCUCUCCAGAAGAAAACGUCCACAUGAUCGACUUCACCAGGUUUAAGAUCCGUGACAUGGAAACAGGGACGGUCCUGUUUGAGAUCACUAAACCUCCAGCACCAGCGGGAGGCAAAAAGCAGUGUGACCCCAACGCCGGCCGUUUUGUCCGAUACCAGUUCACUCCAGCGUUCCUGCAGUUGCGGCAGGUUGGAGCCACGGUGGAGUUCACAGUGGGCGACACCCCCAUCAACAACUUCCGCAUGAUUGAGAGACACUACUUCCGCGACCAGCUGCUAAAGAGCUUCGAUUUCGAGUUCGGCUUCUGCAUGCCCAGCAGCAAGAACACAUGUGAGCACAUCUACGAGUUCCCUGCACUGUCUGAGGAAAUCAUGCGUGAGAUGAUCCUGCAUCCUUAUGAGACGCAGUCAGACAGCUUCUACUUUGUGGACAACAAGCUGGUGAUGCACAACAAGGCAGAUUAUUCCUACAGUGGAGGGCCAUAGAAGGACCUCCACCCUUUCCUCCUCCCUGUUCUAGACAUUUUCCAUGAUCCAGCUACCACUUCAGGACCAGAAAACCAAUGAACUGAUGGACAAAUCACUGGCAUUAAACCCUCCCUCCUGUUAGCUCCACGUGUUUCCAUCCAGGUCCUCAGCUGCCUGGCCUUUCAGAUUUCUCCCUUUGCCUCUUUUAGUUUUUUGCAGGAACAUUGAAUUCUGCCAGUUUUAUCAUCAGUUUGCAUCAGCGUGUGUGAGUGAGUGUGUGGGCAGCAAACACAUGCAGUGUCUGUACAUAAUGUUGAUUUCAGUCUGUAUACGUGGGUUCCACUCGAUCACCAGGAGAGCGUUUUUUAAUUUAGUGUGUUUUGAGAGAUCUGAAGAGAAACAGGAACCUUGUUGGUCCUCACUAAACCAGAUGAGGCAGAAACACGGCAAGAGACAAAGAGAGAAAUGAAACUAACCUGAAACGAUGAAUAAAUAAUAAUCCAUUCAGAUGUAUAUUUACAGUACAUAGUUUGUAUAGGAAGCUCAUUACAUUUUUACUCCUGAAGUUUCUUAAAUUUGUAGUAGCACACAUCUGAACGACUCCGUCCUCCUCCUAUUGUCUGUCAUCGGCCAGUCGAAUGACAGCCAUGUGUACUUUUGUCUAUGUGAAUGUGUCAUUUGUUUUAUGUUUUCAUGUUCAUAGUACUACGACGUCAGGAGUAUUUUUUAAAUAAAUAGCCAUUUUGAAGUGUCAGAAAACAUACAUUAGCCAAAAGUCAGAUACCACUUUUGAUAUCCAGUACAUUCUCUGUAGUACUGAACACUGUGUAUACUUUAAUUAUGAUCAAUGAUUUAAGUAAAAAAUGAAAAGGCGUGUAAAGUUUUGACAGCUGAAAUUCCAUCACUGCAAUAAAUAUGGGAUUUUUGCCUAACCUUGA